AUGCUGCAACUGAAGGAUGUUUUGACUAUGUCCAUUUCUCAAGGCUGGCAAAUUUUUGACGACAGCUCUCUUGUGCAGAACAGUGUUGACGAGGAUGACUUCAAGUCUUCCACCUUCCGUCGUUCUCGAAGCAGCUUCAGAGCAGUUGGCAAGCGCUCCCGAUCUUCGUCCCCCUAUAAAGGGCAAGUGCAUGUACCAGAACUACUCUCUCUCUGUCUUUCUAUCUUGGAGUCCAUCGUAUCUGAAGACUGUCGGUAUCGGGUCGCUUUUCCUCGUCCGUCCCGGCCUCCAAACGCCUUGCAAGUUCUGACUCUGAAUGUUGCGCAAUUUUUGAUUCAUUGCCAUCGCCAUGACCCUCGCAUCAUAUCCCAAAUUGCACUGGCCAUGAUACCUUCAUUCUCUACAUUCGAUGCGCAAAUGUAUCCGCGACUGCUGUCGUUCUUUGAAAUGAGUGUCGUCCGAGUGGUUCUUCAGAGCCUGAGGCUGUUGCAAGGGUUCCCAGCCCAAGAUUCCAUGACAAGACAAACCCAGGACUUCCACUUUGAAGUUGUGGACCCAGACGAAGUCCCCGCCGUAUCUAUCCAAAUUGACGAAGUCCAGAAUGACGGUCAGCCCCAUCAACGCCCAUUGGGAUUCGGUGCUAGGAACGAGACAUUCGUCAUCCAAUCCACCAACAAUCCUCGUCAAUCUCCUAACAUCUACUGUCUCGCAUUCCUUAUCCCCCCUUUGCUUAGUGCAGCUUUUGAUUCAUUUGAUCUACCUGAUCCAGGAGAAUCACAGACAGAGUUAUCGACUCAUCUUUCUCAGCUCAUAAACCUUAUCGCCGGUUCAAAAUUAGACGCCUAUAAUGAUCUCCUCGAAAUCACUGCGUAUCGCGGUCCGAAAGCUCGCCGACUAGCUAUUGCUUCGUUGGCACAAUUGUGGCCAAGAGCUGCUGGCCACACGGUGAUCAGCAGUGCAUUUCAUACGCCAGAACAUGGUCGCAUACAUACGCACCAAUUUACACCGUGGCAUGCAGAAGCCAAUGGCGAGGGAAGCAGCCGAAGCCAUGCAGCCUGUCGGUCAUGUCAACGACCCAUCCAGGGAUUCUGCUUAAUGUGCCCCUUCUGUAUGACGGUCGUCCACUUUGAUUGCUACGACUAUCACGAAGGCAACUACGAUGUCGAAUACUCUAUGGCAAACGAUCCCCGUACACAACGUAUAGCAAUGUGCCGAUUUUCCUACGUUAUGGCCGCUCGAGACAUACACGAAAACACAAUCGCGAAGAACAGCCACCAAUUCAAACCGACGACAUGGUUCACGCUGUGUCUCUGCUUUGUCUGUCACAAACCGCUGCUGGGCUGCUUCGCACAGGGUUUGAAGUGUGAACGGUGUCCAUUUUCCGUCCAUUCCGGAUGUCUUCCCUUCCUUGAUCCCUCUAGAAGGUGUGGCUCCUCAGUCACCUCCGAUGACGUGAUCAUUACAUGGGAGACUUUGCGAAUGUCCUGUUUGGAUUACUACCCGAUUCUUCGACUCAAUAGCGAUCAACUUGGUGAAUGCAGUUUCGAGGAGAUUUCUAUCUACCAUAAUGUCCUCCGAGCACAGGUCCAGUUACUCACCAACGGCAUUGGUAUGGGGUCUGUUGUCGUCAUAAAAAAUGGCAAGAACAUUCGGCAGACUAGCGAAGACUCCGAUCUAUUCGAGCUUCGUCGAGUUCUUGGUUCCUGUGUUGAGCUCCUCCACGACGGAGGGCUGGUGUUUUCCGACUCGUCUAGACAAUUCAUGCAGGAUACCAAUACAUCAAGCUCCGGUUUGUCGAUUAUGGUCAAUUGGUCCUAUCUGGAGUAUACUUCCACGAUAAUCAAAGUGCCCUCACUUCAAGCCCGUCCGAGACAGCAAGGAGCAUCCGGGCUUCUGGACGUAGAUCAAUACAUGGCUUCUGGAGAGGAGGCGGCAGAGUUGCACACUUGCGAAUCUGUUCCUUUGUCCCAUAUUAGAGCUACACUAGAAGCGGACUUUGGUGUUCACUCUGAACAGGCUGCCAAAUUCUUUAUCAACCACUUACACCACCUCGCGUUCUUUGACAAGGCAGACCACAGCGUUCAGUCUUUUGAAGACAUUUUUGCUGAACAGCUGCCUGAUUGCGUUUUCCCCCUACCGCUUGGACUUGACCUUUCUUUGAACGUGGAAACUUUGGUGUCGUCCAUCGAGGCUUCCCUAACGGAUAUAGACCUGACCAGCAAUGAAUUUGGCUUUUUGCUAUUGACCCGAAGAUUUUGGCCAAGCGGAUUGGCUUCUGAGUACGGCUUGAAGAGGUUGGCAGGAAGGGUUCUCUCGUGGAUAUUGAAUGAGGACGACAAUCUUGCUAUUAUUCUCCGAGAGUUCGUAGCAAAACAGAGGAGAUUACCAGGCGUUCGAUCCGACCGCAACGAACAGCCCUGGCCGCUAUCAACGGACUUGCGAGCAGGUCCUUCUAGUCUCGCUAGCAAUGGUGGAGACUAUGUAUCAUCCAGACGUGCAUUGCUUUCGAGAUAUGCGUUGCCGUGGCUAUUACACCUGCACACCUUGGAUGGGGAACUUUACUCUCGCAUUCUCUUUGAAACUUGUUUCCAAUCAGCAGUGGAUCAAGAUGUUGAGUAUGAAUUGACUUCACAACCCAAGGGAAAAGAUAUGUCAAGUCGCUGCGACAGCAUCCUUCGCUCCAUUACCAAGUUCUGCCAACUCUCCGUCAUCUUCUCUGCGUUCGACACUGUCUUUAUCCGCUGGGUAGGGACAGUGGUUCAAUUCGGUGCAGGGGAAAAGCCUAUGCCCGCAUUACAUCGGCUUUUCGUCUCAGACUUUGAAUCAUCCAAUCAAUGGACCAAUUAUUCGGGUGAUCUGCUUCCGGGCACGCCAGAACGGCAGCCAGGGGUUCCGGACCCCCUUGGAGCGAUGGGAAGACUUGCCAGUGAAUCUGACGUUGGACUUACGCAGGGUCUGGGCUUCCUUUCCAUGGCCGCUACUUCCGGGGUCGUCAUAUCAAGCUCGUCCUUUAAUCAAUUCCUGGCUCUGAUAGCGCCUGAGAAUCUCAAUUGCCUCGAUCAUGCAGGUUUAUUCAUCAAAGCUAUUGUAUUGUCCCUUUGGAUGAGAUCCUUGGGCAGGCAAGACAUCCAAGGACUUGUGGCUGCCUUGCAUUCACAACUUUCGUCGCAAAUAUCGCGCUCGUUGUUAUCCGGAUCCAAUGCUUCGAUGGCUUUGUCGAUAAUUAGGCUAUCACUAGCGGCCUGCCUGAGGAUUUAUGGUUGUGAAAGGUCCAGCAUAAUCGACUCUGGGUUAGUGACCUUGUCUGAAGUUAACCAGUUGCCUUCUCGGAGAAAAGUUGCAGUUCGCGGUUCGAGGGUCGUAGACCCAAUUAUUGUUGCUCCCGAAGUUCUUACGGCUCUUGAACUUUAUAUCCAAAGCAAUGUUGAGGAUGUUGCCUGUUUUGCGGCUAAAUUCCUCAAUCUAUUCCUUAUGGAAUCGCCGUUCAUGGAAGGAUUUGAGGUUGAUAAUUUCAUACUGCGAAACGGGAAAUUCGUCGCUCUUUGUAUCUGGACGGUAUACAACAUACAAAGAGACGACGUGGCUGCAGUGCGAACUAGCUUACUUCUGCGCGGCCUCCUCAUAGAUUCGGAACCAUUCCAGGAAAUCUUGAACACAAAUAUGGAUCCCACAAAUGUCCCAAUAGAAGAAAGACUGCUAGCCAUCAACCGUCUGUUUCGGAUCGUUGCUGAUGUCACAAGCCCUGCGUUUGGCGUUGAAGGGCGACAAUGGCGUACGAGCGUCGUCGACAUCUUUACAAGCUACUUUUGUGCCCUUUGGGCUGAUCCAGCCGAAGAGGUUAGGCUGGCAGUCCGGUCCUCCUCAGUGGCUCUCCUUCCCGCGCAUCUAAGUGUUAUCACCCAGUGCUGGAACGAGUCCCUAUUGAAGGCUCCAAUCCCGGAGCGCAUUCGCCUACUCGGAUUUUUGAUCCAACUUCGUCCGCAUUUUCCAAGCUGGAAAGUGCUAUCCUGGGAUAUUAUGAUAGAUACACUUCUUCAAUAUGACCAAGAUCCCAAGUUCUCUGAGAGCAAUGCCUCGGCAUUUUCAGAGAAGGAGAAGGUCGGAUACCGUCUCUCAACUGUGGACCCCGACCUAGCCCACCUUCGAGUUUCGAUCUUGCUUCUAGCAAUGCAAAUGAUCGCAGACGGCCUCGAAAUCGACAGUUUCUCGUUAAUGAAAAUCAAGGUUCAAUUUGUGCAAAUCACUGGAUUCACUAGGAUAUCGGUACUUCCUACGCUCAAUGGCCAAUCAUUUUACCUGCAGUACAGUGACAUCCCCGAGAUCUCCGAGAGUGCUUACCCCUGUAUUGAGGAAAUUCCUCAUAUUCUGGAUGCUGCGCAUUAUACGACCUUGCCUUAUCCGGUCUUGGGAAUCGCCAACGAAGAGGAUAAAACGGCAAGCGUUCUUGUUGGUUCCGCCUUCCUUGAUACGAGCCUAUGUAUGAUUGGAACUCUGAGGGACUUGUCUUCACUUCCCGUCCUCACCCUGAAAGCGUUGAUUGAAACACUUUACAUCAUCCUCCACAAAUACGACUUUGAAGACAAGACUCUACGACAUUAUCAACCCCUUGUACGACGGGCAGUUCUGCGGACGGUCGAACUUCUGUCGAAGGAUAUCAGUUACGAACUCCGUCAGCUGGCUUUAUCGAUUGCCCAGGCGUCGAUCAACAAGUGGCACACGUUCUUAGGACCUGCCAUUGCUCCCAUCAUUGAACUCGUGGCUACCGAAGUCGCCAGUCAAAGCAAAAAUAGUCAAGACUCCCUGAUAGUGAAUGGGAAGUUACUCAUCGGGAGCACUCUUCAUACGUUUUGUAACAAUGGGUUGCUGCUGAGCCUUAUGAGGCGACCACUCAACGCUGGAUUCUUCGUCGUACUGAAACAGGUGCUUGCCGGCUCGAGCAAUGGUAAUGACGCAAGUACAACACCCAAUGCCUUGUGCGAUCCUCUGCUGCGAGACACUUUAUUACGAGCAGUCGAAUGUGACGCUGGAUCCUUUCCUACAGUAUUCCAGAAUAUCAACACGUUUAUUGAAGUGGUUUGCUUCCAGGGAUACACUGCGGAGUUGAUGGCAUUCGUUGGGCAACAACUUACGCAAAUGGCGCGCCGCAUGUCUGAUGGUAGCACCGAAGGUGUGGACCCUUCACCAUUGAUACUCAUCCCAGUCGUCUUGAUACAAAACAACAAGAAGCAUACCAAGGAGUUGCUUCCUUACAUCGACACCGUCCUCAGAGUCGCUCUGAAUAGGCUGACUGUCUCUACAUCCUGUCUAACCAGCCUUAUUAAGGCUCUGCCUCGACAAAAGGCUCAGGAGUCGACACCGGGUGUGCUAGACCUUGUCGCAGUUCUAUUCGAGCUCUUGCAUGAUGGUUUGCGGAUGAAAACCAAGAUGCUUCCCGCGACAGUCAACUCACUUGUAGACAAAUUCACCGAGCCAACCUCCGAGAAGACGUCGAGGUUGCCCUUGAACAUCCGUUCCUGGAAUAUCCUGCUUCUUGCGAGCCUAUUGGAAGGGAAGGAUGAGUGGAAGUCCAUGGUAUACGCCGAGUUCACCGCCUUCGCGAACGUGUAUUCGGCCAUGCUUCGGAGCUAUGUUCAUUCGGGCAUCAACUCUUUAGCAGCAGCGACAAACGAUAUGAACCAGGCCCACGUCGCUACGAAACUUUGGCUCAUGAUCGCCAACUCAAUUUCUGUGACACAUGGUGGAGAGAGCCUGGUGAAUGGGGUGUGGAAUGAACUCUGGGCAGCCUAUCAAGGCUUCUUGGGAGUUCUAGAAACAGAGGCUCAAUUUGGGCUGUAUCCUACGCUGAUUUCCCUAGCGUCGACGUCGGUCGUAGACCUCCUGCUGUACACGAGGUCACUGCGAAUAUCGCUGGCUCUUGACACUUCAGGACAGAUUGCCAUCCUGAACCGGUUGAAACCACACAAUCGGGGAGACUCCUCUGCCAACAAGAUUACUCGAGCGAUCAAGAGUAUAUCGGAACCACCACCUGAGAUUGCUAGCAACGUUCUGUUGGACCAAAUUGCACGGGAGCUCGUUGCUGCCGAAAAAAUUAAGGUGAUCGAAUCCAAAAGAGUAGGGGACGGUAGAGGUGGCGGAGGAGGGUACAGGAAAGAAGGAUGGUGA